GAUAAUGCAUUAAUCUCCAUCACUUCCCUUUGCCAGUGUCAACUUCUUAGUACCCUCCUUUGUGUUUGAGAAAUUUGAGAUCCAAAAUCUGUUUUUGAAAAUGCUUGCAAUAUUCAACAAGGAAGUAGUGCAGCCACCGCAGGAGCUCCACAGCCCCACCGCUGCCUCCGCCAAUCCCGCCAUGAAGCCUCAAGAAAUUGCCAAAGACUUCAUGUCCUGCCAUGAUCCAAACAAUGCCUUUUCAGUCUGUUUUGGAAACACAGCUUUGCUUGCUUAUGUUCCUCCAACCAACCCCUACUCAUCUCAAAAACGGGUGUUCUGUUCUUUGAACAACAUAUACUGCAUUUUUCUUGGGGGCCUGAACAACCUCUGCAGCCUGAUCAAGCAGUACGGGCUGUCGAAGGGCACCAAUGAGGCCAUGUUUGUGGUGGAGGCCUAUCGGACUCUUCGCGACCGCGGCCCGUACCCAGCUGAUCAGGUCCUCAAGGAUCUUGAUGGAAGCUUUGGAUUUGUGAUUUAUGACACCAAGGCUGGAACCGUCUUUGCUGCACUGGGUGCUAAUGAAGGGGUUAGCAUGUUCUGGGGCAUUGCAACAGAUGGCUCGGUGGUGAUUUCUGAUAACUUGGGGGUCAUGAAACAAAGCUGUGCUAAAUCUUUUGCCCCAUUUCCAACCGGGUGCAUGUUCCACAGUGAGCAAGGAUUGAUGAGCUUUGAGCAUCCAACCAAGAAGAUGAAGGCAAUGCCUAGAGUUGAUAGUGAGGGGGUUAUGUGUGGGGCCACCUUCAAGGUUGACGUCCAAUCAAGGAUUCCCAACAUGCCACGUGUCGGUAGUGAAGCUAAUUGGGCAGCAUGGGGCCAACCAGCCUAGAUCAAGGAGUGAAACUUAUUUACGUUUAACGGCUAAGAAUAAUUACUUGGAACUUUUAUUUUUAUUUAGUUUGAUUUCAAUUCAUGUAUAUAUUCCUAUGUAAUUUAUUUUCCUUUUUAAAUGAGCACCUAUGUACUAUGAAUGAAGAACUCUGUGGAGUUGUAUCUCCCAAGUUUACAUCUA